AUGUUGGAUGUGUCAACAAUAUCUCCAACAUUCACUGAACGUGUCCCCAAAAUAGCCUGCGUGAAAGGAAAGAUCAACAUCUCACCUCCGAAUGGUUCCUUCCAGCUAUGUUUCGAUUACCAUUGUCGAACGUUCAGUGAGGUCACAAAAAACCUCACAUACGUAUUACUAAUAUCCCCUCACAACGAUCAAGUAAAGGUUGCACUCACAACGCUAGACAACCACAGCAUGGAGAAACUUGAGACAACAUGCAAUCGACCAGACUUCUGCAAUCGUCACCACUUUCUCUCAAAAGCUCUUCUAGGCAACCCUCACUGUUGGCCUGCAGGAGCGAUCGGUACCCUAGCAGUAGUGGUUUAUAUUUCUGCCGUGAUUCUGACUAUUUUAUUCUGGUCAAUGUACAAACCCAGACAUGCUAACAAAGCUGUACUACUGGAACAACCACCUAUGGUUACUACACGACACAAUCGUAGUAAUAGCCCCAAGGCGUUCGUUCCCGCAGCACUUCCCUUAUGCUGGUCUAACUGCAAUAUGCCUAAUUUUAACUGCCGUUCUCACAAGUGCGAAUGCAUUUCAACACGUUUGCAUGCGGCACUCAUCGAACCUCAUUUGCAAUGA